AUGAGAUCCGUAGCCAAGCUGGUCCAUGUCAGCUUCCGCACCGUCGAGAGGGCGGCCGACUGGCUCACGGGCUCCGCCGGCCCCGUCUUCAUCGCAAUCUGCAUCAUCCUCGUCGUGGGCGGCAUCUGGACCUUUUUCUCCUCAAUGUUCCCGCAGCUCGCACAGGCGCCACCAGAGCUCGUCGCCCUCUUCCAAACCCAUUCGCCCGCCCACGUCGCCCUCGGCCUGGCGCCGUCAAUCUACAACAGCUUCAAGCAGACGCCCGCAGUCGCGGCCAAGUUCUUCGCCUGGCUCUCGGUAUGCCUCUUCAUCAUCCUCAGCAUCGGGUGGCACUACUACAUGGCCUGCACAGAGCCGCCGGGCACCGUCCUAGAGGGGCUUGGAGACUCGAACCGAGAGCGCAGGACCGGGCCAGGCAGCAGCAUCUGGUGGUCCAGGUACAGGAAACGCGCCUCCAAAGCGAGCGGCCCAGCGGUGCCCCGUCUCGCUUCGACGGCCACAGUGCAUCCUGGGAAAGGUGCGGAUGCCGAAACCGCAUUCGAGCCUGCCUCGCCCAUCCGUCCGGUGGCCUCGCUCGAGGACCUGCGGAAGGGCUCCAGCGACUCCCAGCGCGCGUCGCGAUCGUCGAAUGCCGCGGGGGCCAAGAUGGCGCACCUCAUUUCGUCGUCGCGCUCCUCUUCGCAUCGAUCCUCGUCGAGCCAAUCGUCUAUCACCUUGAGCAGCCCACGGCUAGCCAAAUCGCCGCUUCCCAUUUCGAUGCAAGAGGCCGAACUGCGCCUCCCGGGGCACGUCGACGCAGAGCUCGAAUCGGACGUCGAUGACGAGGACGAUGACAUGUUUCCGCUCGCGCGCAUGUGCCACAAGUGCCCCAAGGUGCCACUCUGGAAGGCACUCUCUGUGCUUCCGCCCGAGCUGCGACAAAUCGAGAGACGGCUGCGCUCGAAAAAGCCCAAGAGCACGGCCAAGCCGCCUGGCGACUCAUACGUGGCCGACAACGAGGACGACGAGGGCGAGGCCGAGAUUCGAGCUUGGCUUGGCGACGAAGAGGCCGAGAAGCUGGUGCCUCCUCCGAAGCCGGAGCGCGCCCAUCAUUGCCGUGCCUGCAAGACCUGCACUUUGAAAUUCGACCACCAUUGCCCCUGGAUCAACGGCUGCGUCGGCAUCGGCAACGAGCGCUACUUCGUCCUCUUCAUGACCUGGCUCUCCAUUGGUUGCGCCGUGGUGACCGCAAGCGGGUGGCGAGUCGUCAGGGAAACGUUCGAAUUCCGCAGCGACUGGCCGUACCCAUAUACGCCGCGAGUCUUUGUGCUGCUCCUGUACGUCCUCGCCGUGGUCAUGGGCUUCGCGCUCGCGGUCAUGGCAGGAUGGCAGCUCCUCAUCGUGGCGCGCGGCGAGACGAGCGUCGAGAGCAACGACAACGCGUACUACCGAGAGCUGGCCGCGAAGCGAGGCCAAGACUUCGACAACGUCUACGACGUCGGUGCAUGGAAGAACCUGCAGCUCUUCUUCAACGUCGGGCCCGGAUCGCCCUUUCGGUACCAUACCAUCCUCCUGCCUAAACGCAUCCCGCCUUAUUCGGACGGGUGGCACUGGGCCAAGAAACGCGGCCUGGGCGGCCGACAUGCCGGCGUCAAGGCGGGCGAGGAGCUGACGGAUGAGGAGGUCGAGUACGACGACCACGCAGAUGUCUACCGACCCUCUCCCUCUUCUGUCUCGAAUUCAUCCCCGGUCGGAGAUGGCCAGAGCGAGUAA